ACUGACAGACACAGCAGGCUGACCCGCAGACAGUGAGAGACACCGUUUUUGGAGAGAGUGGGAACAUUGGUCCAUGCAUGCUGAUGCUGCAGGGCGCAGAGGUGUUGCAUGCGUGGAUGUGCGUGAAUGGGUUUGCCUCCGCGUGUGUGGUGCUGAACUGGGUCAUGCGGACCACUGGAGGAGCAAGAGAUAAACACUCCUCCUCCUCCCGCUGCUUGGCAGGUUGAGAUGGUGGGCGCUCAGAGGAGGGAUCCCAGCCUGUCUCCUCAUCUCUGCCUCCAGCGUCAGAUGAGUUAAUCCGCCUCCGAUAGAAAAAGUAAAAAAAAGAGCAUCUCCAGAAGCAGGACGGGCAUCUUCUUUCUUCUUCUUGGGCGGGCAGCAGAAGGCACUGAAGAAAUCUGAGUCAAGCUGUUUUUUUCAAUGGACCUGCGUGUUUUUAAGCACCUUUAGUCUACCUGAUCCAUAAAAGAGGAGCUUCGUCCGUCAGCUUCCUGCAGAGCCCGGUGGAGCAGAGCAGCUGUGAUGCAGGACCAUGGAGGAGAGAGACAGGUCGCCAGCAGUCUGCCCCACAGCGUCAAGGCGUGCCUGUCUCUUUCUCCAUCUGGGCCGGGACGGGUGGGCAGCGGUGGGGGCUCACCUACCUCCAAGAUGGGCUACUGCGGGGGGGUUCCAGUGGAGGACAUGCAGGCCCUGGCCAUCACCUCUCUGUCGGCAGCAGAUGUAGCCAAACAGUAUGAGCACAUCCGCGAACUGGGGAAGGGGACGUACGGAAAGGUGGACCUGGUGGCACACCGGACACAGGGGACCAAGAUAGCGCUGAAGUUUGUUACCAAGAACAAGACGAAGCUCAAGAGUUUCCUGCGGGAGUACAGUCUAACGGGCUCUCUAAGCUGCAGCCCUUUCAUUAUCAAAAUCCUGGACGUGCUCUUCGAGACGGAGGACAGCUAUGUGUUUGGACAAGAAUAUGCGCCCGCUGGGGACCUUUUCGACAUCAUCCCCCCACAGGCUGGUCUGCCGGAAGAGAUGGUCAAGCGCUGCAUGCAACAGCUGGGUUUGGCCCUGGACUUUAUGCACAGUAAAAACCUGGUGCAUAGAGAUGUGAAACCUGAGAAUGUGCUCCUAUUUGACCGUGAGUGCCGUCGCAUCAAGCUGGCUGACUUCGGCAUGACCCGGCGAGUGGGGAGCCGUGUGAAAAGAGUGAGUGGCACCAUCCCCUACACGGCGCCAGAGGUGUGCCGCGCUAGCCGUGUUGAGGGUUUCCUUGUCACCACCAGUCUGGAUGUGUGGGCGUUCGGUGUGCUCGUCUUCUGUAUGUUGACAGGCAACUUCCCCUGGGAGGCCGCGCUGCCGGCUGAUGCUUUCUAUGAGGAGUUCCGGCGCUGGCAGAAAGCAGGGUGUCCUGUGGGGACGUACCCGUCUCAGUGGCGCCGCUUCACGGAUGAUGCCUUGCGCAUGUUUCAGCGCCUGCUCGCUGCUGAGCCAGAAAAACGCUGUGGAGUCAAGGACGUCUUCUGCUUUGUCAAGUACGAGCUGGUGAGCGAGCUCAGGAGAAGAACAUCCUGCCGAGCCAAGAGAGGCGAGAGGUCAAGCUCAGGAGUUUGCACUGGCAGUUGCACCCCCUCCUCGUCCAACACCUCAUCACGGUCCUCCCACAGACACCCUGAGCCCUCCACCCCCCCUGGAACAACCUGCCUCCGCCCGGCGCCGCUCAAACGCAGCGUCCUGUCUGAUCCGCUGUCUCCCAGAGAGGAGUCUGGACACCAGUCGCCAGGCCGAGACAAGAACAAAAGCCAGAUGGUGAUGGCAACUGCCAUCGAAAUCUGUGUGUGACCACACAAAUGUUAGCAGUGGACACUCGCUGGCUCCUCACAGUAAUAACAAGCUGUGAAGAGGUGUUAAUGACAGCCACUGAGACUUCAGUGAAAAAGGAGAGGUACUUUAACCAUGAAAGAGAAGCUCAGGAUCACAUCCCCACCUGCGGAAAUGGACAUCAUCAAUCAGCGGUACACACUUGGACAGCUUAUCCCUGGCACAUGCCGUUUAGGUUUGAUUUGUGACCAAAGACUCUUCUUCCCGAGCUGAGAAGCGGUUUAAGAGUCCGCCGAUGUUGCUCCUCUCAGCAGCUCAAUCUGCCAUCCAGACUUUUGUGUUUUCUGUCCAUACACUGUGGUGGUGCUAAUGAUUCUAUGAUUAGACUUUCUUUCUCACUCAUCCCUCCAUGUCUCUUUACUGGUCUUUAUUUAUCCCGAAGUACAAGCUCCAGGGAGGCCAAAAUGAUCUGUUGAUGACGUUAUGUUAGAGGCCGGUGAUCUGAGGGGAAUCUACGCAACUUCAUUCGACUGCCAUUUCUCAGAUUUUCUUCCAAUUCCCAAUGCAUAAAAUGUGUCUUUUUUCAAGGUAAAAGUGUUAAAAAUAGAAAAAAACCUAUAUGUAGCAGUUUGUAUGAGAUGUUUUUUUUAUGUCCGUGUCUAGACUAGAGAUAGGCAUCACCUCAGGACACCUCAGUGGGUCACUUUCUGUUUUAUUAUUAAUGGAAAUAGAUUGACUGGCUGAAAAACACAUCUUUGCCACUUCUGCACUGCUCCCAGUGAGAUUCAAUUCAAUGUAAAAAAAAUAGGCUACAGGGACCGAGCAUUUUCUGAGUGAAAAGGAGGUGAACAAAGACGGGGAGAAGAAAUGUGUUUUUUAUGAUUUCUUUUUUACCUGCUGUGUUUAUUUGGGUGUGUAUGUGUGUGUGUUUCAAAUGCUCAAGCACAAGAAUUUUGUAAAGAGGGAGAACUCUUAGUGAAAACUACCACUAUGUAUUGUAAAUAUUUUUGAUAUUUCUAGGAGUACACCGUGUUAUCAGGUAGUUCAACUAUGUAGCACUACUAAUUUUCUAUGACCGAUUAAGAUGUUUUAGGGUUUAACUUUUAAUGUUGGGGCAAUGCACUGUAUGUAGCAACAAAAUAAGACAGAAUGUACAGUAUAUGACAACAAAUUAAAUAUAUAGAAAUAUGA